AUGAAGACCGUUUCAGCCCUCCUUCUUGGGGCAACCGCUGCCCUCGCCCAACAAUACACCAACCCAGUCCUUUGGGAAGAUCUCGCGGACAUCGAUAUCAUCCGCGUCGACGAUGCAUACUACUACUCCGCCUCGACGAUGCAUUACUCCCCCGGAGCCCCGGUUCUGCGCUCCUACAAUCUCGUUGACUGGGAGUAUGUGUCGCAUUCUGUUCCAGUGCUAGACUUCGGCACAGCCUACUCUCUCGGGGACAACGAACGUGCCUAUGUCCAGGGGAUUUGGGCCUCCACACUGCGAUAUCAGCAAAGCUCAUCUACCUUCCGCUGGCUAGGAUGUAUCGACUUCGCGACUACAUACGUCUACUCUGCCAGUAACAUAGAAGGACCGUGGGAGCAAACCGCUAGCAUACCCAACUGCUACUACGACGCGGGCCUGCUCAUCGAUGACUCGAAUAACGAUACAGAAAGCGUCUAUGUUGCCUAUGGAUCGACGGCUAUCAGCGUCGCGGAGCUCUCCUCGGAUCUCACCACCGAGGUUUCCUCGCAAGUUGUGUACGACGCCCCCGACGACGUCGGAUAUAUCGAAGGCGCGCGGUUCUACAACAUCAACGGCACUUACUACAUCUGGGUUACACGGCCAGCAACCGACCAACUGAUUCUAAAAUCAACAAACGGGCCUUGGGGCCCAUACGAGAUCCGUGAGGUGAUCCUUGAUGUGGCGUCCCCUGUGGAGGGCUCAGGAGCACCGCACCAAGGGGGACUAGUCGACACCCCGUCCGGGGACUGGUGGUAUAUGGCAUUCAUCGAUGCUUAUCCUGGUGGUCGGAUUCCGGUUCUUGCGCCGGUGACGUGGGAUGAAGACGGGUGGCCGAGUGUUAUUUUGGACGAUGCAGGCGCGUGGGGGGCCAGCUACGACUUUCCGGUAGUUUCUGAUAAGGAGGUUGCAGGGAUUCCGACGUCUUACAACUUCCUCCAGGAUGCCUUGAACGCGGAGUGGGAGUGGAAUCAUAACCCGGAUAAUGAGCAGUGGAGCAUUUCAGAGAACGAGGGAUUGGUGCUGCGCACGGCGUCUGUGACGGAUGACUUGUACCAGGCGAAGAAUACCCUGACGAGGAGGAUUCCUGGGCCUAAUGCUACCGCGACCUUGACGCUGGAUUUAUCAAAGAUGGUGGAUGGGGAUGUGGCUGGGUUAGCCUUGUUACGAGACAAGACAGCGUGGAUUGGGCUGCGGAAGGAAGACGGAAGUGUGCGGGUGAGUAUGACGAGUGGAGUGGAUAUGGCCGAGGACUGGACGACCGAGUCGUUGGGAAGUGAAGAGGAGAGUGUGCAGUUGAAUGCAACAGAGGUCUACCUGCAAGUGGCGGUGGAUAUUGCACCUGGUGGAGGCACUGGCAGGUUUGCAUAUUCACUAGAUGGCAGCACCUUUGAUCCAUUGGGACCUGAAUAUACGUUGAACAAUGUCUGGGAAUUCUUUCUGGGAUACCGAUUUGGCAUCUUCAACUAUGCCUCGUUGGAACUGGGAGGUCAGGUUUCUGUUCUGGGAUUUAACAUCACUGUUUGA